AUGUCUGAUAUCUACUCUUACAACGUCGAGCUCUCCAAAUCUACUCUUCCCCUUGCGGAUUUGAAGGACAAGACUAUUGUCUUUGUCAAUGUCGCUUCUAAAUGCGGCCUCACUCCUCAGUACAAAGAACUACAAGCUCUGCACGAAAAGUACGGUGACAAAGGACUCGUCAUCAUCGGCUUCCCUUGCAACCAGUUUAAAGCUCAAGAGCCUGGGUCGGACGACGAAGUGCUCCAGUUCUGUCAGCUCAAUUACGGCGUUACGUUCCCUAUUGCCAAGAAAGCGGAUGUGAACGGCGAAAACACCCAGCCCAUCUGGAGAUACCUCAAAGAACACGCCGACCCCCCCGUCAAGGACAUCGACUGGAACUUUUCCAAGUUUUUGGUCAAGGACGGACAGAUCAAAUGGUUUGCUGCCCGUGAGACCAAGGUCAGCGAUGUGGAAGCUGCUUUGACCCUCUAA